AUGGGUGACGAGGACCUGUUGGCCUAUUUCUACAUGCAGUACAGGGACAACCUCCUGACUUUGCUCAGGAAACUCGGACUGACAGAGGAGGACUCCCUGUCUCCAUUUGUUUACCUCCAUAAGAAGAAGAGACAAGCACAACUGAUGCAAAAGGCUCUGAAGGUGAAGGAAGAGGACUUCAGGGAGAAGAUGAAAGUCAUAAGCUGCCGGUGGAGGGACCUCUACACCAAGGAGGCUCAGCUGAAAACCUACAUGGAGAAAUCUGGGAGCACUGUAAAGGAAAAUUAUAAGAUGCGAAUCCAAGCUCUGAAGAAAGCCAGGAAAGAGAGAGAGGGGGCGGAGAGUGAGCUUUUGAGAGUUAAGAGGGAACAGGAGGCCCUGAGAAAUAUGCAUCAGAAACUCUGCAACAAAGUGCAGAAGUACUCCAUCUUCAACAAAUACCUGGAGGAUGUGGUGAAGAUCUCACAGUUUGAGGAGAACCAGGAAGUCAUUUGGCAUUACAAGACGCUGGUGAGGGUGCACAAGGACCUGCUGCAGUCACAACAGGGACACAAGGAAAUGUCUGAGCAAGCCAAGGUGCUCCUGGACCAGUACGUGGCAGAGAAAGAAGCUGAGAUCCUGCAGUACGAAAAUGAGCUGGUGCAACUCCAACUACAUUUUGACCAGGCUCAAAAGGAUGCCCUCCAUUGGGAGACUUGUUGGGACAACAUCCAGGAUGCGACUUCCAAGAAAAACCUGAAGCUGUGGACCAGCAAGAUGGCCACCCUCAACCUCUUCCAGGACAUGACCAUGCAGCUGAAAGCAAACUUGAAAGUGCCAGUGGGUGACAGCCACAGACAGCUGGACAUGAUUCAGCAGUUUAUUCAAGACCUCACAGACAUCUCUAUGGAGAACAAACAGAAGGACGUGCUGAACGACCAGCACACGGCUAUACCUACGGAGCUGUGA